AUGGACCCUACGCUCAAUCCACACGAAGUGGAACUUCGCGAACAAGAUAGGUGGCUUCCCAUAGCAAAUGUGUCCCGGCUCAUGAAAAACACUCUUCCUAAUACCGCCAAAGUUUCCAAAGAUGCAAAAGAAUGUAUGCAAGAAUGUGUUUCCGAGUUUAUAUCUUUCUUAACGAGCGAGGCCUCGGAGCGGUGUCUCCGGGAAAAACGAAAAACCAUAAACGGUGAAGAUAUCUUGUACUCGAUGCAUGAUCUUGGAUUUGAAAAUUACGCUGAGGCCCUUAAAAUUUAUUUGGCCAAGUACCGAGAACAGCAGGCUAUCAAGCAGGAACGAGGCGAGACCCGGGUGUCUCGAAAACACUCCAAGUCCAGCCUGCAAAUUCCUGUGGACACUGGAGAAACGGCGGUGACAGAGUCGCCCAUCAAUGACGAUAUGAUACAACCCUAUGAAAACGGUCAAGAACAGUAUGAAAGUGGAGGAGACCAAGACCAAGAAAACUCCGAAGAACACACCUUUUUCUAUGGAGACCGAGAAAAGUUGAAAGAGGAACUGGAAGACCACCAAAUUCCACUCCAAGAAGUAACCAAGCACGACGACUAUCAGUACCACGACUUUAUCAGCGAUCCAAACGAAGAGCCAUUGAACGAGAACCACAAUAUUGACGAGUUGACCAAGCAAUUGACCAACGAAGACUCGGAAAUUGACACCCUCGCGGGCGAUACGAACUACUUUUAA